AUGGCCUUAUUACUCUAUGUUGAUGAUAUUAUAUUAACAGGAUCAUCAAAAAUAUUGCUUACUGAUCUUAUAAAAUAUUUGAGUAACAAUUUUGCUAUGAAGGAAUUAGGGAAUUUGCAUUAUUUCCUAGGAUUAGAAGCAGUCAGAUCAGAAAAUUCUAUUAUGUUGUCUGAAAACAAAUAUACUAUGGAAUUACUCUCUAAAGCUCACAUGCUAGACUGUAAUCCUUGUAGUACUCCAGUUUCUAAAGGACCUAGAGUAUCUAUCAAGGAAGGGGUUUUAUUACCAAAUGCUACUGAAUACAGAACUAUAGUAGGAAUGUUGCAGUAUUUGUGCUUAACCAGGCCUGACAUUUGUUUUGAUGUAAAUUAUGCUAGCAAGUAUAUGCAUUCUCCUACUGACAUUCAUCUAUUACUAGUUAAAAGUAUCCUUAGGUACUUACAAGGUACACUUGGUUAUGGUAUAACAUUAAGAAAGGGAGAUAUUGAAUGCUUAACAGCUUUUACUGACUCAGAUUGGGGUAGUUGUCCUGAGACAUCAAGAUCCACUUGUGGGUAUGCAAUUUUUAUGGGAAAAUAUUUAAUCUCAUGGUCAAGCAAAAAGCAUCCUACUGUGUCUAGAUCAACAGCAGAGGCAGAAUAUAAAAGUUUGUCAGUUGCUACAACAGAGUUGGAGGUAAAACAUAUAAAAAUUCAUUAUCAUGUUGUCAGGGAGUUGAUAGAACAAGGAUUUCUCACAGUUCAGCAUGUCUCUUCAGAAAAUCAGUUAGCAUAUUUGUUUACAAAGGGACUAUGUGCUCCAAUUUUUACUUCACUACUGCAACAGUUACUGGUACUUCCUACUUCUUCAGAUACUUCCAUCCAUAUUUCAGCUGGUUCUUCUACUUCUUCAGACAUUUCUGUUGUUGCUGCUACUGAAGAUAUUUCAAAUUUCUGA